CACCCGUGACUUCUAGCUCCACAUACUCUUUAUUUAAUUUCAAUGCCUUAUCCUUCCCCCAAAAAAAAAAUCAGAACCCAAUUUUAUCACUCUCUUAUUGCAAUGGCUUCAAGCACCAACAGCAAUGAGAUCAUCCAUGAUUUCCCACCAUUCUUCAAAGCAUUCAAAGAUGGCCACAUAGAAAGGUACAUGACCCAUGACCAUUUCCCAGCUGGGCUCGACCCAAACACCGGUAUCCAAUCCAAAGACGUGGUCAUCUCACCCGAAACCGGUUUAUCAGCCCGAAUCUACACCCCCAAAAUCAACGGCCCAGAUCAAAAGUUACCACUUCUCGUCCACUACCAUGGUGGAGGCUUCUGUGCUGGAUCACCGUACGAAACUGUCCUUCACAAAUUCAUCAUAUCUUUGAUUUCCCAAGCCAAUGUUGUUGUUAUCACCGUUGAUUAUAGGCUAGCCCCAGAGCACCCACUACCGAUUGCAUAUGAUGAUUCGUGGGCCGCGUUGCAGUGGAUUGCUACUCACUCUAAUCACCAAGGACCCGAACCGUGGUUAAACGAGUAUGUGGAUUUCGGGCGGGUUUUCUUGGCGGGUGAGAGUGCUGGAGCUAAUAUAACACACUACGUGGCAGUCCGAGCUGGCGCUACUGGAUUGGCUGGGUUGAAGAUUGUUGGGUUAAUUAUAAUUCACCCUUUCUUUGGGGACAAAGAGCGUGAUGAGAUGUACAAGUUUUUGUGUCCUACAAGUUCCGGGUGUGAUGAUGACCCGAAAUUGAACCCGGCGGUGGAUCCGGAUUUGUCUAGCUUGGGGUGUUCUAAGGUUCUUGUGUGCGUGGCAGAGAAGGAUUGGUUGAAAGAUAGAGGGGUGACUUACUGUGAGAUUUUGGGCAAGAGUGGGUGGGGUGGUAGCGUGGAAUUGUUGGAGAGUAAAGGGGAGGACCACUGCUUUCAUUUGUUCAAUGCUGAUGGUGAAAACUUUAGGCCCCUGAUGAAAAAGUUUGUUGACUUCAUUUUAAGGGAUUAAAGUGUUUAUGUUAUGAUAAAUUGCAAUCGUA